GUAAAUUAAUUCACAAUUUUUAUAAUCGGUCCUUAAUUUUAAAUUUUUUUCAAAAUUGUAAUAAUAAUGGCUGUAUUUGAUGUUUUUAAGCCUUUAGCAAAUGUAAUACCACGUUUUAGAGAAGAAGAUUUAGCUCAUGUGAUUGAAUGGUUUGACAAUCAUUCCAAGCCAUUACUUAUUUUAAAUGAAGGCGAAGCAAUAAACGUAAUUACUAUUGAGAAUUUGAAACAAUUUUUGGAAUCAAAAAAGUUUCAUAAAAGAUGUUUUCAUUAUCCAAGCUAUGCAGAAAUUAUGAUUGAAGUAGAAAACAUAAAGGCAGAAAUGACAAGAAUGUUAACAAAAGAUCAAUUUAUUUACAUGUUAGAUAAAUGGGUGAUAGAAGCUGAUUUGAAACACGAAUUAAAAUUGGCUUUUAAUGUUUUCGAUACCGAAAAACGUAAUUUCUUGGAAAUAGAUGAAAUUAAAGUUAUCGUGACAAGGUAUGCAGAUCUGUUUAGCGAUGAUGAGACUAGAGAAAUGUUACGUGAUGCAAACGUUCGUGGCGAUGGAAAUGUUUUCUAUGAAGAUUUUGUUGAUAGUUUAUUCAGCGUUGCCCCUGAAUUAUAUCAGUUAAAGGCUGAUUUUCUAUACGAAGAUCCCAAUGAAGAUCCUUCUGUACCGCCUGAUCCAGAGCCCGAGCCAGAGCCGGUAGCACUGGAACCUGAACCUUCUCCUUCUCCUACACCCCAACCGAAAAAGAAGGGAAAGAAAAAAUAAAAAAUAUAAUUUUCA